UAUUUUAUAUUCAAAUAAAAAGAAUGUUUUGAAAUGGAAAAUAAUGUUCAAGAUUGAGAAAAAAAGAAAUAAAUCAAAACGAUAUACAGUAGAUUCUGUUUUUAUGCGGUAGAUACGUUCCGCAAGAAACAGCAUAAAAAAAAAACAGCAUAAAAAAAGCUACUAGUUCUAUAGUAAAACUAUAGAUACGUUUCAAAAGUGCUAAGAACCGCAUAAAUCUGAAAUAAUGUAAUAAAAUCGCAUAUAAAAGGGCACUAGUCCCAUAUUAUUACUAUUACGUUCCAUAGACCGCAUGAAUCUGAAAUAAUUAAAUAAAAUCGCACAAACAAAAUAUUGUAUUUUUGAAAAUUAUAUCUUUAUUUAAGAAACGUCAGAAUCGAAAAAUAAAAUUACGUCAGAAAUAGAAUCAGACAAUACCCACAUGUUGCGCAUUCGUUUAGGAUUUGGCCUAAAAUCACUUCCGUCAAUUGAGGAAAUGUACACGUCUGAUCUGGAUGGUGAUGCAGGCGGUUCCAUACUUGUAGGGUUAGCAUUUCUAAUGUAAUCUGUGAUGAGGUUUUGCUUAGCUGGUUUAGAAUCUUGUUUAUAUGUGCAAUUCCCGAUAGGUCGAUAUGCAUUUUUUAAUUUAAAAAAAACCGCACUAUUUCAAAACCGCAUAAAAAAAGCCGCAUAAAAACAGAACCUACUGUACAUGAAAAAUUUAUGAAUUAAUAUAAGUUUUUAAUUGGUUUAUACUCCAAAAUAAAAAUGUAUUGAAAUGUAAAAUAAUGUUCAAGUAUCAGAAAAAAAAGAAAUUCAUGAACACGCAGAAAAAUCUAUGUAUAUAUGUAUGCGUGCCGUCUUAUAAUACUCAAACACAUAUUUUAUUGAAAUAAAGAAAUUCCUAACAAAAAACCAAAAAAAGCUAAUAUAAACAAGCAACACAGGAUAAGUGAUUUUUUAUGCAACCGCAAUCUAAACUAAAUUACCACCCAUCAACAGCAAAGUGAUCUCGCGCACUCAAGGUCGGUCUAACUCCACAAAACCGCCUUUAAGUUACCUCUACAUACAUAUGUACAUAUGAUCAUACAUGCAGCAGUUAUAGUUGUACUUAAAAAUGUGUUCCCCAUCCGGCUAUGAUCGGCUCUAUGGCAGAAGCACUUCCGGUUUGGCGAAACUGCUAUGUAUGGUUUUUGCCCUGAGUGGUAUUUUAUGCAUCUUACUCAGCUCAGCGCCACUGACCAAUUUGCGCGGCCUCGUCUACUUGUGUGUAAUGGCUAUCGCUUGUUGUGGCAGUGCACUCGUUUUUCUAGAGCAUUUCUGUGAAAUGCGGCAUUGUCGGCGCCAUCGUUGCAAUGCUUCUAAAUAUGAGCUGUAUUUCCACGCCACACUGGCGGUAAUGUGCUUUCUGGCAUCCUCUGCGGCGUUGACUUUGGCUUUGGUGACAUACUCCAUAGCAGCGUUUUUCGGAUAUGUCGCAUUCUGUUUGUAUGCCUUGGAGGCCUGGUACAACUAUAGGAGAUAUCGUCAGCGGGAUGUGAGCACACAAACGUAGUUGUGAGUGGAUUUUGUUGCAGAUAGCAGCAUUUUUUCUUUUUUUGUUAUUAGGAAAGAGUUUGUGUUGCUGCGAAAUCCACUUUGAUGGUAUUUCUGUGCAUGUAGCCGUAUAUGCGUCCGCCUCGCUCUACGUUAAUAUUAUAAAUAAAUACUGCCUUCGUACCCUGAUAUUCAAACUAGCUGUACUUCUGUAAUAUGUGCAUAUGUAUGUAUAUAGUAAUGACUAAUGUUCUUAAAUCGUUGUAAGUCAAGUUUAAGCUCUAAUUGUUUGUGAAUCCAUGAAUCAGUGACUGAAUUUGUUUAUCGUUCGCUGAGGGCGCAUGAAAACACUCUGGGCUACUACUUAUAUAUUAACAUUUAGAUUCAAAGUACUGUGUGUUAGAUAAAUAUGUAUUAAAUACGCAGAGCCAAAAAUUUAUGAAAUUAGAUAUAGAUUUAAAAUGGUCUAUGUAAAAAUAUUACGAGUUAAACUCAUGCCUGUGAACUAUUUUAAAAUGUCAUUUCCGUAGAAGUUGAAGAGUUUUGUAAGUAAAUAUAGUAAAUCUAUGCCACCUUAUAGUAUGUAUAUUAAUAAUAAAUGUAUAUAAUAAAUAAUAAUAUUACUCGUAUAUAUAUGUAUACUUACAUAUACUCAUGUAAUCUUACGUAUACACGGCGUUAAGUAAUUAGAGCACAGGGACGUAUCAACGAUUUUUCCAUUUUUGUGUUUCUGUAUUAAAUUUAAUACCUUUUUUGUGAAAACACAGUUUAUUCUUCCAUAAAAACCAUAGAAAUUCACAUUUAAUAUUUUGUGCAAAUUUAAAAAAAAUCAACAAAUUUCCAUCGAAACUUUACACUUUUUAGUCAGAAUGCAGAAUUCGUAUGCAGUUUUAUAGCCACUAAAGCGCAGAUUUCAAGUGGCU